GGGACUGCAAAAGUCUGUCGCAAUCAUCAUGAGUGGCUCAACUGAUGCAUAAUUGGAGAUGGAAAUAAAGGGGUCGAUGCAUCCUCUGUCGGUUCCUGUCCUUGGGAGCAGUGCGCGUCGAACAGAUCUACCAUGUCAUUCUUGAACAACACCAUUGGAAUGGGGGAUGCACUCCCCCCGCUGCCCUCCUAUACGCUGACGCCUCGCCCCAGUCUUAUCCCGGGGCUGCCAGACGAAUUGCUGAAGACAUUCAUCGUUCCAGCCCUGUAUUGGAUCUCGUCUGGACUUUUCCAUCUCAUCGAUGCAUUGGAUCUUUUCCCACAAUACCGGCUUCACGAACCGGAGGAGCUUCAAACGAGAAACCGCGUCACGAUAUGGCAAUGCAUCAAACAGGUUGUAAUCCAGCAAGCCUCUCAGAUCGCCCUGGGGUUAUGGAUUGCGCUCAAACAGCCCUCUAUGCCGGUGGACUACAUAGGCAAGGAGGACUACGACAUUGCUUUCUGGGCCCAGAAACUGCGACUGGCACAGAGAAUGAUCCCGUCGCUUCUGGCCCUGGUCGGUAUCGAUUCGUUCAGCCUGGCAAGUAAGCUGCCCCUGGAUCACAGUCUCGCCGGCCUCCUGUCAGGAGGCAAAUAUCCCUGGCUCACGCAAACGAUGGUGAAUAAUGGUCUCUUGCAAACGGUCCCUGCAUUCACUGGGUGGGAGCUCCUCCUUGCCAAAGUGAUCUACUGGGCGAUAGUACCCACGGCGCGGAUGUUCAUUGCCGUUGCCGCAAUUGACCUUUGGCAAUAUGUUGUGCAUCGAACCUUACACAGAAACAAGUGGCUGUACUCACGUAUUCAUGCUGUCCACCACAGACUCUACGUACCCUAUGCCUUAGGAGCUCUCUACAACCAUCCCCUAGAGGGUUUCUUCCUUGAUACUGUGGGGGCGAUUCUGUCCCAGGCGCUGGUCAAACAGUCCAUCCGCGAGCGGAUAUUCUUCUAUUCCCUGACCACGGUGAAGUCUGUGGGUGACCACUCCGGCUACCUCUUCCCCUUUGAUCCCCUCCAGAUGUUCACACCAAACAAUACCAGAUACCACGAUAUCCAUCACCAGAGCUGGGGGAUCAAGCACAACUUCUCACAGCCAUACCUGGUCUUCUGGGACCGCUACAUGGGGACUGAGUGGAAGGGUGACGCUACCGCGCUCUACGAGAAGGGCGUCGAGAGGGCAAAAUCAGAGCUCCGCCAAAGACAGAAUCAGGAAAAAGAGCUAUGAGGCUCGGAUUGAUAUCAAUUUCAGUUCCUGGACCAACGACGACUGAAUGAGUGUCAAUCUAUCAGCUCAGAGCUUUCCUAACGACUGACAUGUGGCUACGAUUGCUCAUUUGCUGUUCACAAAUGAUUAAUAACCACCUGGGGAUACCAUCUCUCUCUCUCUUGUGAGCUGGUGUUAGAACCUUUUACUUAGCUACUGUAUGAUAAUUGUUAUGUUUCCUCGGGAUAUUUGAUACGCGGACCAAUGUUAAUAUACAUCUUGAUUGUGCAUAAUCAGGCCAAACCAUUCAGAUUUGUAGCAUUUCCUU